UUUGAGGUUUAACCAAUGACGCCAAGUGUGGGAGGUGACAAGCAAAAUGCUCAGGUAUGCCACCCAGCAGUUUUCAGGUUUUCGACAAUUCAAGUUUAGUCAGCCACCAGAUUCCGACAGGUAUAUUGGAUUCUUCAGUCUGGCACUAAUAGUAAUAGCCUGCUGAUUCCCUUUUUUCAGUGAAACUCCCCAAUUUUGAGUCCAGUUUGUGGUGCAUCGCCCUGACAGCUUGACUAUGAGCCAGUCCGACCCAGCAGGAGAUGUUGAUGCCAGCCAACAGGCGUGCUCCACUUGCGGCCAACCACACUCGCCAGAGGAAAACCACACGUACAGCUACCAAGAAGAUGUGGAUGAUGACAUCAUCUGCCACAUUUGCCUGCAACCUUUGAUCCUUCCAAUCGAUACACCAUGCGGCCACACCUACUGCACUCUGUGUCUUACAAACUUCUUGCUGGAGAAGGACUUCUGUCCAGUGGACAGGUCACCCCUAAUGCUUCAGACCUGUAAAAAGUCCAGUAUCUUGGUUAACAAACUGUUGGAUAAGCUGCUGGUUACCUGCCCUUUAACAGAACACUGUUCAGAACUCCUACAGAGAUGUGACCUGGAGCCUCAUUUAAAAAACAGGUGUAAAGGAGCAUCACACUAUGGCCUUUCCGGAGACCGAAAGCGACGCUCUCAGGAUGGCGAUUGCACCGGCUGCACGUCAGAGCUCACUGUAGCUGCCCUGCCCUCGGAGCUCCCAGCCUCCGCAACUGUAGCUUCAGUGACUGAAGACCCAGGCCUUGUAAACCCUGCAUUUGACCCCAAUGUGGAAGACAGCCAGUUGGACAACAGUAACCUUCCCACCAGAUUUAACACCAAAAAAAUCCGCAAUUUUGAUCGUUCUUCCAUGAGAAGCAAGUCUUUCAAACGGUUAAACCGAGCGUUCAGUGUCCUCCGGAGAACCAGAAGUGGAACUGCCGUUGUCAACGAGAGUGCCGAGGAAAGAGACAAUGAGAGGAAUGAGAAUGCUCCCAUAGAAGUUUUGGCACUCCCGCAGUUGCAUCACCUGAUCCCUGAUGGUGAAAUCACCAAUAUCAAGAUCAAUCGUCCUAACCCCAGUGAAGCACUGGCCAUCAGUAUUGUGGGGGGCAAUGAGACCCCUUUGGUCUGCAUCCUCAUUCAAGACGUGUAUCGAGAAGGGAUCAUUGCCAGGGAUGGGAGGUUGUUGCCGGGAGAUGUGAUACUAAAGGUGAAUGGCAUAGAUAUCAGCAACGUGCCUCACUGCUAUGCCUUGUCGGUCCUUAAGCAGCCCUGCCAGCUGUUGAGACUGACUGUGCUUCGUGAGCAGAAACACAGGUACCGCAACAGUGGGCUGUCAUAUCAUGAUAGCUACGGUACCAGGGGCGACAGCUUCCAUGUUAACUUGAUCAAGAGAUGCCCAGAGGAGCAGCUGGGGAUUAAGCUGGUUCGGAGGCCAGACGAAUACGGGGUGUUUGUCUUUAAUCUGCUAGAAGGCGGCAUGGCGGCAAGGGAUGGGCAUCUUCAAGUGAAUGACAGAGUACUGGCCAUAAAUGGACACGACCUUCGCCACGGGUCUCCAGAACAUGCUGCCUUGCUGAUACAGGCAAGCGAGGGGAGGGUUCGACUUAUUGUGUCACGGCAGACCCGACACCAGACCCCUGACAUCCUGCAAGAGGCCCGGUGGAACAUGAACAGCAGCCCCCCUCCUUAUCCCACAGAGGAAAGAGACGGCGCUAGAAAGAAUGUGCCCCAUAACUUCACCUGCCAAGAGAAGAUUGUAAGCUUGACUAAAGAGACCUGUGAGUCCCUUGGCAUGACAGUGGCAGGGGGAAAGCUGAGCAGAGGCUGGGACCUGCCCAUCUACAUCGCCAGUGUGGACCCAGAUGGAGUGGUGGGAAGUGAUGGCAGAAUAAAGAAAGGUGAUUUUUUGCUCAGUGUAAAUGACAUUGAGCUAAUGGGUGUCACUCGUAGUGAAGCAGUGACCAAACUCAAGAGCAUGUCCUCCGUCGUGGUCCUCAGAGCUUUGGAGAUGAAGGAAUGGGACAACAGCCAAGCCCACAGCCAGUUGCCUUCUGAUGCCAAUGAGAAGCUCAGCAGCAACAAUGAUAAUUGGUCACCCUCAUGGGUCACGUGGCUCCAACUGCCAAGGUACCUCUACAGCUGUAAGGACAUAGUAUUAAGGAGAGAUACUUCUGGGAGUCUUGGGUUCAGUAUUGUUGGUGGUUAUGAAGAUUCUAAUAUGAACCACUUUUUCAUCAGAUCCGUUGUGGAAGGGACGCCAGCUUACAAUGAUGGCAGGAUAAGGUGUGGAGAUCUGCUGUUGGAAGUUAAUGGGAAAAGCACAUCAGGAAUGACUCACUCCUCACUGGUGAGGAUGCUUAAAGAACUGAGAGGCAGAAUUGUUUUAUCAGUUGUGUCCUGGCCUGGCAGCCUUCUCUAGAAGACAAAAGGAUCAUAUUAGUGUAAUCUCUGAAGAGACCAACAACGUACACUUGCUCUGUGUGGGGUUCAUCGCAGGAUAAUGAAACCUACCAGAAGCUUUAUUGCAUCCCAAGGAAAUUACAAGCACAACGCUGUAGAUGGAUUCUGCAGCCUUUAAAAUAAAACACUGAUGUCCAGGGCAAAUACUGGGUUCACACACAUGUUGCCAAUUACCAAGUUAUACAUAAUAGAAUAUGCAUUUUAUUUAUAUAAAUGUUGCAGUCUGAUACUACUGAUUCAAGCGCUUGUGUUGUUUUUCUUUAUUUUAAAUUGCCUUUUAACAAUGGCCCGUUGUCCAUACUGAAGUUGUUAAACUGUCUUUAUACGUGAAGACUGACACUUGACGUUAAUAAACGUUGCGUUUCUGACUCUGUCGCAACAUUCUUAUACAACCCCAGUAAAUGUGUUCAUAUACAUGUGAAAAAGUGAUGUUAUCACGGGGGCCUUACUGAUUUUCAUACUCAUGUUGAAAAACAAAAUGUUGUUCUUUGCUGUAUAUUUCUGAGGAAGUUGCUGUAGAGGAAUUAUUUAUCUUGGUAUGUCUACUUUUGGAUGUUUUACAUGCUUGGAACUAAUAUUUCUGAUGGUAAAAAUAAUAAAGUUCUUUAAAGGAUAAUAAAUUAGUGUUUUUAAAGUAUUGUGAAACCCCUUUUGUUUUCGCGAAGCACGAGAAUUCGCAAAACUAAUAGGUGCCAAAACAGUAUUGUACGAACAUGCUGUACUGCAAUCCAGUAUGUAAAAAACAUACGUAAUUUGAUCCCUGAUCACCCAAUGCUCAUCCGACUUUCCACCCAACAUCAACUAUUGCCUUGAUAACUGACAGUUAUAGCUCACAGUAUACUGUACUGCAUAACAGUACUUGAGUAAUUAAGUUUUUUUUUUUUUUAACCAGUACCUGUUUGGAUAAAACUUGAACGGAGAGACUCCCAGUCUGCCCUGGCAAUGCAGGGUUCGACAUUAACCAUGGCCCGAGGCCAGUAGAGAGUGCAGUUUGGCCGGUAGGUAUGAAACACCACAGGCCCGACUGGGCCGGUUACAUUAACUAGUAUAACACUAUGUAAUGCAAUUUUUGCUCCUGGGUAG